GAAAAUGCCCCCGUUACGGGACUACCAGCGUGACCGCUUCGGACGUCGUGGAGGCGUCGAUGGCGGCGCCCCACACGCCGCGGAAGGAGGUAAUUCGCUCUGGAUGCGAGCGCUAGAAGAGUCAAUGGAAGAGACGAGCUUCGUGACGCGAGAGGCGCCCACGUGUGCGGCAUUAGUGGCGCCCGUGCCUCUACCCGUGGACAACCGCAGACCUACCAGCUUCGUACCUGUCCCCGUAGCAGUCAUGGGGGUCGGCAUCUCGUCUUCUCCAAGUUUCAGCAUUGCAGACGAGGACGCAAUUCGGAGGCGACGGCUCUUCGCGUUGCAAGCGGCACGAGGCGGCAAAGACGACGAAGCUCGACCGGCCACCGAAGGCUUGGCCUUGUAGCACAGGAGGAGGUAUGUAGUGCGCUUAUGUCGUAGGAAUGACGACUGCUAGGACUUUUCUCUCCAUUUGUGUGGCGUUGAGUGUCUAGUUAGGGUCUCUGCGCACCUCAUUCAUCGGAGCUUGAGGCGACUCACUAUUCGCUCCUUGGUCACCUACCUGGUGGUCGGUAUCUUCGAGUUCGCCGCCUAGAAUACGGUCCCAUUUCUCCUCUGCCGACAUAGCGAAGAUGCUCUGAGAAUGUCUAGCUACCACUUGCUGUAUGCUACGCUGAGAGUGUCGAGGUGGCAGCUUCCAGUUGAACUGGGUGCUGGUUGUAGGACUGGAUG